AUGGCAGCACUGUUAGAAAUCAAAGUCAAAGCUCAUAAGGCUCAUAAGGUACUUGUAAAUGUAUUCCCAGGUUGGCAUUCACUGAAUAAUUAUUCAUGGGCUGUAAAUGGUAGAGUUUGGAUAGUGUGGAAUCCAAAUUAUUACCAGAUUACUCAUAUUAGAUCUACUUCUCAAUCAAUUCAUUGUCUGAUAAAUGGUAACAAUGGGACACUGGUAUGUUUUAUUACUGUUAUAUAUGCAUAUAACUCUAUUGAACAGAGAAAGGUCUUAUGGGCAGAACUAUCAAGCAUUGAACAAAUGGUGGAUAAACCUUGGUUAAUUGCUGGUGAUUUUAAUGCUGUGUUAUAUCCAAAUGAUAGGGUAUAUGGUGCACCAAUCUCUCUAGCAGAAACUCAAGAUUUUUCAAAUUGUAUUCAUAAGCUGCAGCUGAAUGAAGUACCAUGGAAGGGUGAUUAUUAUACCUGGUCAAACAAGCAGUUAGGAACUGAUAGAAUUUGUAGUAGAAUUGAUAGAGUCUUUGGCAAUCUUGAUUGGCUGAUGACUUGGGGUCAUGUGAUUACUAAGUAUGAUCUCCCAUAUUUUUAUGAUCACUCUCCUGUGAUACUCACAAUUGCAAACAACCGGUGGACAUGCAAGGUAUCUUUCAGAUUUUUUAAUAUAUGGGCAGAACAUAGUACUUUCAUGGACAAAGUUGCAGAAAUAUGGCAAAAACAUAUGGCUCCAGGAACAAUGGCAAAUAUCUGGGGAAAGUUGAGAGCAUUGAGGCAAGUAUUGAAAGAUCUGAAUAUUGAGGAGUUCAAAAGCACAACCACUAAGAUAAAUGUAGUUAGACAAGAAUUGUUGCAAAUACAGGAACAAAUCAAUCAACAGUGCACUGAUGAGCUACUAUGUAAUGAGAAGCAAACUUUAUUGGAUAUUGAGAAAUGGAGCCUUGUUGAAGAAAGUGCACUAAGACAAAAGUCCAGAGCAAAAUGGAUACAACUAGGAGAUGGUAAUAAUAAAUAUUUCACAGCAGUGAUCAAGGAGAGAACUAACAAGAAGAUCAUGCGUGAGCUGACUUCACUUAGAGGCACCAAACUGAACACACCAGAAGCUAUUAAGGAGGAAGUGGUAGAGUUUUAUAAGGCACUAAUGGGAUCCAGCACUACAUCUCUACCUGUUGUAGAUAGGAACACUAUGAAGAAAGGAUCCACAAUUACUUAUGAGCAAGGAGUUGCAUUAUGUGAAGAUGUUAUGGAUGAGGAAAUCUGGAAGGCACUAACCUCUAUUGGAGAUGAUAAAGCACCUGGAGUGGAUGGUUAUAAUACGUAUUUUUACAAGAAGACUUGGAGUAUCACCAAAGAUGACAUGUUGAUGGCUAUCAUAGAGUUUUUUCAGACUGGAAAAUUGUAUAGACCAGUUAAUUGCACUGUUCCAGAGAAUUUGUGUUUUCCUCAGAAGUUCAUUCAAUGGAUCAUGGAAUGUGUUCAUACUGUGAAUUAUACAAUCAUGGUAAAUGGUGAGACCACACCACCCUUUAAUGCUGCAAGAGGGCUUAGACAAGGAGAUCAUAUCUCUCCUUACUUAUUUGAUAUAUCUAUGGAGUAUCUGAGUAGAUGCCUUGCUGAAUUUUCCCAAGCAUCAGGACUGCAGGCAAACAUGAAUAAAAGCUCAAUAUAUUUUGGUGGGGCUGUUGUGCAAGAAAAACUGAAUAUACUCCAGCAAAGUGGUUUUGGAUGUGGUGAUUUUCCUUUCAAAUAUCUUUGUGUCCCUCUUUCCACCAAGAAACUGACUAUUAUGCAGUGGUCGCCCCUUGUGAAUAAAAUUAUUGCUAGAAUCUCUUCCUGGACUGCUAAGAAGCUAUCAUAUGCAGGAAGAAUACAACUGGUUCAAUCUGUGCUAUUUGGUAUUCAAGCAUACUGGUCUCAACUCUUCACCAUUUCUGCAAAAGUUCUCAAACUUAUUGAGUCAUACUGUAUAAGUUUCACUUGGUCAGGAUCUAAUACUAUUACUAAGAGAGCAUUGAUAGCAUGGGACAAAGUGUGUUUGCCUAAAUCAGUUGGAGGCAUGAACCUCAUUAACAUCAGGAUGUGGAACCAAGCUGCUAUUGCAAAAACCUAUUAG